CCUUGAUUAAACACAAUUCGCGAAUGGUUCACAACAAACAAGAUGGCGACUACCGCGUGGUCCCAGGAUAAACAUCUGUCGUCAGUCAACUUAGCAAUGUCAGCACAGCAAAGAAAAGAUCUUCAAGCCUUUCGAAAUAGGCUUCCAAUCUUCAGUGUCAAAGGGCAUCUGCUGACUGAAAUUCAGAAAGUUAAGACAGCCAUCAUCAUCGGAGAAACAGGAAGUGGAAAAACUACUCAGAUCCCACAGUAUCUGUAUGAAAGAGGACUUAUCAGCAAACAGAUAGCUGUUACACAGCCUAGAAGAGUGGCAGCAAUUUCUUUGGCACAACGGGUAGCAACAGAACUUGGUGUAAAUGUUGGUGGCAAAGUGGGCUAUUGUGUUAGGUUUGAAGAUGUAACAUCCCCAGAGACAAAGAUCAAGUUUAUGACAGAUGGUAUGAUGCUGAGAGAGACUCUUCUGGACCCUCUUCUUAAGAGGUACUCAGUUAUUAUAUUGGAUGAAGCCCAUGAGCGAACUGUUCAGACAGACAUUCUGUUUGGUGUUGUCAAGGCAGCACAAAGGAAAAGAACAGAACAAGGACACCAUCCUUUAAAGAUCAUCAUAAUGUCAGACAUGGAUGUUGAUCACUUCUCUUCUUAUUUCAACGAUGCUCCAGUGCUGUAUGUGGAGGGACGUCAGUACCCUGUUCAGGUCUUCUACACAGCACAGACCCAAAGUGAUUACAUGUUUGCUUCCAUUGUCACACUUUUUCAGCUUCAUAAAGAAAAUCCAGACAGGGGUGAUGUACUUAUUUUCCUGACGGGUCAGGAUGAGAUCGAUGCUGCAGUAAAGAUGAUAAGGAGCGUAGCACGUGAUCUUGAUCAUAGUCUUCCUCGAAUCACUGUGUACCCUUUGUAUGCUGCGCUACCUUCACACCAGCAGUUAAAAGUUUUUGAGCCAGCACCACAGGGAGUGAGGAAAGUAGUGGUAUCCACCAACAUAGCAGAAACGUCAGUUACUAUCAGUGGCAUUAAAUAUGUCAUAGACAGUGGAAGGGUCAAAGCAAAAGUUUACAAUCCCAACAGUGGUCUUGAUUUGCUGCGAGUUGUGCAGGCUUCUAAAGACCAGUGUAUUCAAAGAAUGGGCCGGGCUGGUCGUGAAGAACCUGGCACUUGUUACCGGCUUUUCACAGAGCGAGAGUUUGAGCGAUUCCGUGACAACACCAUGCCUGAAAUACAGCGGUCCAAUUUGGCCAGUGUUGUACUACAGCUUCUUGGAUUAGGUAUCACUCGUGUCUUUGAUUUCGAUUUUAUUGAUCCACCCUCAGAAGAGCUGCUGUCUUCUGCCUUGAUAGAACUGCAGCAACUGGGAGCAGUGGAGGGCAUCCCUGAUGCAGAUUUGACACCUCUGGGAAAACAGAUGCUGGCAUACCCACUAGUACCUCGUCUUGCCAAGGUUCUAUUGCUCGCAAGUACACAUGGCUGCCUAGAGGAAAUACUAACCAUCGUGUCUAUGCUGUCUGUUGACUCUGUUAUGGUCAACCCCACAAACAAGAAGGACGAAGCGCAGGCUGCCCGCGACAAGUUCAUGUCCAGUGAGGGCGAUCACAUCACCCUGCUCAACAUCUUCAGAGCUCACAAGGCAGCCAAAAGCAGCAAGCAAUUCUGCCAGUGCAACUUCCUCAACGGCAGGAACCUGUCGACGGCGACGAGCGUGCGCAAACAGUUGCGCGACAUCUGCACGCGCCAGGGGCUGGAGGUCACCUCGUGCGGCCGCACCACCACUUCCGUCAGGAAAUGUUUGGCUGCGGGUUUUUUUAUGAGCGCUGCUCAGCUGCAGAAGGAAGGCGAAUAUCUCACGCUGGCCAGCAAUGAGCCGGUGUCCAUCCAUCCUUCAUCAGCCCUGGCGCGUAGCAAGCCGGCGGUUGUGAUCUACACGGAGCUGGUCAAGACCACAAAGUGCUACAUGAGGGAUGUGAGUGUGGUGGAUCCUUCCUGGCUGACUGAAGCAGCUACAGACUACUUCAGGAGAAAGAGACUUGGGCAUGUGAACACCUAGCAUGAGCAGUUUGUGCCAAGUGCCUUUUCAGUUUCCACUUUGGUUUUGUCAGCUGUGCAUUUACUGCUUCAGGUGAACAUUGGAUAUCAUUCAUAAAGACUGACGAAGAAAAACAAGACUUCACGAGACAGUUAAUGUGUUGCCAGUAGUGCUUCUGGUGCUAAGAUGUCAUGUUUGCAAGUUGUGGUUCUUGCUUUUGUACGAAGAGAAGUUCUUCACUCAUUUCUGUGUGCCUGCCUUUUGCCAAGCUGCAAGUCAUCUUGAAGUAUGCUCACAUGAAAUGCAGUGUACAGACAGGUCAACAAAUCUAAAUUUUUACAAUUCCCUAAGACAUGUUGAUGACUGCAAUAUUGUGGAAACUAUUGUUUAAGCAUGGAAAAUCAUUAUCCAUAUUCAGAACAUGGACAAUAGUUAUCCAAAUUACAGACUGUUUGGGGAAAGGUUCAAGACAAAUAAAAAUGUUGUCUGUA